AUGACUCUGCUGGACGAUUGGCCGUUGGAAAACAUCAUUUACACCAGCAUAGUCGGCAUUGUGCUAUUGAUGGCAUGUCUUGAGUGGUUUCUUGGGCUGGCAGCAUUCGCUUAUUGCCUUAUCAAAAUCUUCCAGAAGUCGGAGCAUUGGUCCAUCAAUGUCUUAUGCAUUGUAGUGGGCAUUGCCUUUGUUAUCCUGCGGGUCAUAUUUCUUCCAAUCAUGCUGGUCACAUUGCCCCUUCCAGAUCCCGUAACAAAGCUGUGGCCAAAGAGGAUGGUGUCCUUUCUUCAGUGGUUCGCAUUCUGGACCUUCGCUAUCCUCCUGACAGUGCCUUGGCUAUUCUGCAUUUACCAGGUAGUCACAAAUCAACUUGGUCGAACGAAGCGGAUAAAGCAGGUUCUAGACGAUGUCACCGCUCCCAAAGUUGUCAUAGUCAUGCCUUGUUACCGGGAAGAACCCGAAGUUCUUAUAAAAGCCAUCAACUCGGUUGUCGACAGCGACUAUCCUCCAGCAUGUAUUCACGUUUUCUUAUCUUUCGACGGAGACGAAGAAGACGAGUUAUAUCUCAACACCAUCGAUCAACUUGGCGUUUCGUUGAAGAUGAAGUCGUUUCCCAAGAGUAUAGAUGUUAGCUAUCGAUCCGCACGUGUUACCGUUUCAAGAUUCCCCCAUGGAGGUAAGCGACAUUGCCAGAAGGUAACCUUCAAGCUUAUCGACCGGGUGUACCAAGAGUAUCUCAAGAGGAACGACAAUCUUUUCAUUCUAUUCAUAGACUCGGACUGCAUUCUUGACAAAGUAUGUUUACAAAACUUUGUCUAUGAUAUGGAGCUCAGCCCCGGCAAUACUAGAGACAUGCUGGCUAUGACAGGCGUCAUUACUUCGACGACGAAGAAGCAUAGUAUCAUUACUCUUCUGCAAGAUAUGGAGUACAUUCAUGGGCAGCUAUUUGAAAGGACCGUGGAGUCGGGCUGUGGUUCCGUCACUUGUUUGCCAGGGGCAUUGACCAUGCUACGUUUCUCGGCCUUCCGGAGAAUGGCCAAGUACUACUUCGUGGACAAAACAGAACAAUGCGAGGAUUUGUUUGACUUCGCAAAAUGCCACCUGGGAGAGGAUCGCUGGCUGACACAUCUCUUCAUGAUCGGAGCCAAGAAGCGAUAUCAGAUCCAGAUGUGCACUUCGGCAUUUUGCAAAACAGAAGCUGUACAGACUUAUCGAUCCCUGAUUAAGCAGCGGCGUCGAUGGUUCCUCGGCUUCAUCACGAACGAGGUUUGCAUGCUGACAGAUUGGCGCUUAUGGAAACGGUAUCCCAUCCUUAUCCUGGUUCGUUUCAUGCAGAACACUAUUCGAACAACAGCCCUGCUGUUCUUCAUCAUGGUCUUGGCCCUCAUAACCACAGUCAAGAAGGUGGAUGACCUUCCGGUAGGAUUUAUCGCCAUUUCCCUAGGAUUGAACUGGCUGCUGAUGCUGUACUUUGGGGCUAAGCUACGGAGAUUCAAGAUCUGGCUGUACCCGCUCAUGUUCAUUCUAAAUCCGUUUUACAACUGGUAUUACAUGGUGUACGGAAUAUUCACAGCAGGGCAGCGAACUUGGGGUGGACCACGAGCUGAUGCUGCUUCUGCUGACACACACACGACAGCAAGAGAGGCAGUGGAACAAGCCGAAAAGCAAGGCGACGAGUUGAACGUGGUUCCUGAAACGUUUAAGGCGGCACGCGAAGCACGUAGGGCCGCAUCGAAUCGUGAGUCUACAACAACAAGCGAACUUGGCCGAACGAGAAGCGUGGUGCGGCCGCCAGACAAGAUUGAUGGUAAAUUCUCAGCACGCCAGAAGACAGCAUCAGGCACGUAUGCUCAUCCGGAUGAGAUGGACACCAGCGCGGAAGAUGUCGAGACGGGGAUAGCUGCAGCCGGUAUUUUCUCGAAGGACCGUGACUCUUUGGAUAGUGUCCCAUCGAUGCAGAACGUAGCCCUUGGGGUAAGUACACCGCGAAGGAUGAAACUCCUCAUGGACGAGGAAGCUCUUCAAAAGUAUCAAAUCGCGCAACAAAUACAGGACCGAGCCUCUGAAAUUAACGAUCUGAACGAUAUACAACCGAGUCAAGCGUCCUUGACUUUGCCUACGAGACGCGCUGGAUAUCUGGGAGGAAUGGCUGACAGCACCCCAAAGAUUCAAUGCCCAUAUAAUCAGGUCUCUCAAGAGGACUCGGGUGAGGGACGAGCUAUUGUCGAAUGGCAAGAGGGAGAUCCAGAAGAAGCCGGUGAGCAUACAUGA